AGGGCGGUGUCGUGGUAAGGUUGGUGAAAAAGAAACUAAAACAUAUUUAAAAGAAAGAAUCAAAUGUACGGAUGAUGCAGAUCACCUCAGGUGCCUGAAAGACUAACACCACUUCUCAUCUUUUUCAUCUUGUUAACAGACUGACUAGAUUGUACAGUUUUCCCACAAAAUGGAUGAAUCUUACAUGGAUCCCAGAGUUGAAGAACUGGUUAAUAGAUUUGCAGCUGUACUCAUUGCACAUCGUUUGUUAACUUCCAACAAUGAUGAAAAGAUUCUUCUCAACAAGCUGCAAGGACUAGUUACAAAUAUCAAAUGGAGCCCGAAGGAAGCCACUGACUUGUUUGAUGCUCUUUUGAAGCGAUCUGAGUCAACAACAAAAGACAGAUCAAACCUCCUCUCAUGGAUGUUGAACAUUUUGCACUGUAUAGAGAUUAAUUACAUUAGUCCCAGCUGGAAAAGUCAAACAGGAGAGACAUUGAUUGAGCUGAUCCUAAAAAAAAAAAUACUUUAGCAGAUGAAGCCCUUAAGACAGAUUUAGCUAAUGACAGAGAAAAGGAACUGGAUGAAAUUCUUGAAGAAAUCCGCCAACAAGAGUUAAACCAAGUUGAUGAAAAGCUUUUAGAUGACGUGAGAGACAUUGUAUCAUCAGUUGUUGAGAAUCUUUCUUUACACAGUGAUGGGUCACAGCUCAGUGGCUUGAAAAAACACUUGCUGAUGCUCUCUCAGGCUGUAGAAAAAACCACAACAAAACACUUAAAACCCCGACUGACACAGAUGGUGAGCUGGUGUAUUAUGGCUCUCUCUAAAACAGGGCGGUUAAUUCAGGUUGGCACUGGAGAGGGGAAGUCGUGUAUUGUGGCAAUGUUUGCAGCUUUUCGAGCUCUGAGAGGAGAAAAGGUCGACAUCAUGUCCAGUUCAUCAAUCCUCGCAGAGAGAGAUUUGAAAGAAUGGAGAAAAUUUUAUGAGAAUUUGAAAAUAAGUGUAGACUGCAACACCAACAAACAAGAUAAAGACGAGUUAAAAAAGUGUUAUAAAUGUCAAGUUGUUUAUGGUACUGUGGAAGAGUUUGCUGGAGACUGGCUUCGGCACCACUUUGGAAGGCUGGACAUAUUUGGAGAAAGAAAAUUCCAGUGUGCAAUUGUGGAUGAAGUGGAUUCCCUGAUGCUAGAUAAAGGUCUUCAUACGAUCUAUUUAAGUAGUGAUAUGCCUGCGCUGCAACAUCUCAAUUCACUGUUGGCAUUCAUAUGGAAUUCUGCUAAUCAGUACAGUAAGAUUGGCAGAGAGAUAAUUGUGGGGCGAAAACACCCCUUUUUUCAUGUUGUACUUGAAAAAACAAAGGGCAAAGAUAUUGAUAAGUUCACCAUCUUUGAAAUGGCAGAGGAGGCAGGUAUACUGGCAAAAGGUUCAGUCAAAAACCUGAGAAAUAGCCAUGGCAUUUGGAUUGACCUGAGCAGUGUUACUGUUGACCAGUUGGUAAACUUCUUUAAGACAUUAGAGAGAAGAUUCCCAUCUUUCCAGUUCUCUCUGUACAGCAUGAAUAAUGAUGGUUCAAUAAAAGGACUGAACAAGGAACCACAAAAAGAAACCAGUGAAACACAGAGAGUGCCACUGCUGUUAAGCAAUGGAGGCCUCUGUCAGUACAUGUAUACUGAUAAAAACAGUGUACUGAGAGCUAUAGAAGCAGAAAUAGAACAUGUUCUGCAUUUUACACCAUGUGAACAGAGCCUAGAUAAAGGUAGCUGCUAUGUCCCAGGUUUCCUAUCAGAUCUAGUCAAAUCUAAACUAAAGGUUUGGAUUAAAAAUGCAUUCUAUGCACAAACCAUGACCAUGGAUCAUGAAUAUAUUAAGGAGGGACAUGGGGUAGUACCUGUCGACUACAGCUGCACAGGCAUUGUUGAAAACAACAUGAAAUGGACAGAUGGGCUACAUCAGUUUCUUGAAAUGAAACAUGAGUCCAAGCUGAGUGACAUGACAGCCAUCACAAACUACAUGUCCAAUGUUGGCUUGCUUCAAAAAUAUGGGGAUCAGAUCUUUGGAAUCUCUGGGACUCUUGGACAACAAGCAGAGACUGAGACUUUGCAGAAAAUCUAUGCCGGUAUCAAGACUUGCCAGAUACCUUCAUUCAAACGGAGAAAGCUGUUUGAGGUUGAAGGAGUGAUCAUAGAUGAUGAAACAGAAUGGAUUGAGAAAAUCUGUGAGGUUGUCACUGCACAAACCAAGCCUACGCCAUAUAGAGCUCGAAGAGCAGUGCUGGUCAUCUGUGAGACCAUCAGUCGAGCAAAGGUUCUCCACCAUGCUCUAGGAGAUAAUGUCCUGAACAAAAAGCUUUACAUAAGCAACAACAUGGACAAUACUGCAAUCUUUGCUAAGAAUCUUGAAGCCGGAGAGGUCAUUAUAGCAACAAACCUUGCAGGUCGUGGGACAGACCUUCAGGUUUCUGACCAGGUAAAGACAGCAGGAGGUUUGUUCGUUGUGCAGACCUUCCUGCCAAAGAAUGCUCGUGUAGAGGCCCAGGCAUUUGGUCGUACUGCCAGACAAGGAUCUCCUGGGUCUGCUCAGCUCAUUGUCUGCAUCAGCCAUCUGUCGGAACCACUCCAACUACUAGUUUUGAUAAAGAAACUUGAAUCUUUACUGGGAGAUAUAACAGAUGUCACUCCACUUUAUCAAGAUCGUUUUGUGAUGCAAUUGAGGUUGUAUCAAAAAAACCACAGCGAUAUACAAACUAAUGAUAUGUCUUCAACACUGUUACAUAUUUUGACCAAAAACUCAAAUUCGGGAAUAAAGACAGUUAAAAAGAUCAGAGAUGACGCGGUAGCUGAAGGACUAGCUAGCUACUUGGAGUGUGACAUCCCAAAGAUAAAGAAGAAGGCAGAGCUAUUCAGUCAGUAUCUGGACGUACUAGAUGAAGUGUACAAAAGCAGUAACAAUAAGCCCGAAGAUUCAUAUUUAUCUGCACUGAAUGAAUUCUGGGGUAUGUGGCUGCUCAUCAACUUCAAUGAGAAUGAUUCUAUCAUGGACUUAAAAAACAAACUAACUGAAGACCUGAAGACAGCCAGGCAAAAACUCAGUCAGAGAGAAUCACCCACAUCAAACCUGCACCACUACACUGCAGUUGGCAAUGAGCUGCGCAAAAAGGGACAUCUUGCAGAGAGUAUCAAGAUGUACACUAAAGCCAUACAGGAGGACCACUGCUGGGCAGCAAUUGCAUAUUACAACCGUGCUUUUACAUCUUUAACCCAACAAGGCAGGCAACAGGAUCCAAACUGCCUCGAUCAAGCUCUGGAGGAUUUGCAAAACGCACUCAAGUCUGUUGAGCUCUACUGUGAUCAAAUUGAAGUCACUCACAGAUACUCCAAACAAGUCAAGGACCUCGGUAUCCCUUCAGACACCAGAUUUGACAAUCACAUGACAGCCAGAUACAGUGUGUUGUUUCUUUUCAAAGCAAACAUUAAUGAGGCCAUAAAGAAGGUAGACAGGGCCAGAGAUUUGGGUGGGAAGGUAAAAGUGGAUGAAAGUCUAGUCUACUUCCUGGUCCCAGCACUGCAUUUUCUCCCUUUGGCAGUCCUUUCGACCCAAUCACUAACUCUGAUCCGCUCCAGGGACCCUCUGAAGAUCAAACAGCUCAUCAGUCAUCCAAGCUUUGACAUUCUCAAUGAACUUAGGUGUCUUGAAUCUCUGGGCCUGACUCAUGUCUAUAAAUUAGACACACUGUUUUCUCUGGGUGGCUUUUUCUCAAAGAUACACAGGACCGUAAGUCGAGUUCUUGAUUAGACGGCAGGCAUUCAACUCGAGAAAAUCAAGCAAGCCAUAUGAUGUUGUAAGAAAGUCUUGUCAGGCACAAACUUUGAGCAAUCAAGAAACACUAUAUGGAGCUUGCUGUGGGUUUUUAAGUUUAUCUUUUUGGUCUGGAAAUUAUAAAAUUACUGCAACUUCCUCAUGCUGUAGGAAACCAUGUGAUUCUAACUGAACCAAAAACAGUAAAGUCAGAGGAAGAAAAGGUUUCAGGUGCAUUUUUGAUAUGAUGUUAUUCAGUAUAGAUUCCUUGUUUAUUGUUACAGCAUACUUAUAAUAUGGUUAUUUUUUAUUGAUUAUUUUUAUUAUUGUAAAUCAAAUCAACAAAUGCUACUCUGAUGAGUCUUAAUGUAUUUUAUAUCAUUUUUACAUGCAAAUAUGUCGUGCAAUAUUUUUUUUUUAAGAUUUUAAGAAGAUUUCUUUCUUUACAAGAUGCAUUUUAUUGAUCCUUUAUUAUUCAUUCAAAUCACAGACAAAGUAAUGUUAUGAUACUGAUACUACACUGAUAUUGUAUUUAAUGUCUUAAUAUUGUGGUUUAAAUUUUACUUUUUAGAACAUUUGCCUGGGGAAAAAAAACAAUCAAAAUUUGUAUUUACAAAGUUAUUGUUGAUUUACAGUAGAUACACAGCCUAGAUACAGCUUGCUGCAGGUUUUAAGUUUAUUUUUUAUGUCUGGAAAUUAUUUCAUCGCUGCAAGUUCUUCAUCCUUUGAGAAACCAUGUGAUUUUAACGGAACCAAAAACAUUUUAGUCAGAGGAAGAAAAAGUUUCAGGUGUUAAUUAAUUUUUGAUAUGAUGUUAUUCAGUACAGAGUUUUUAUUGUUACAAUACUUAUAAUACAGUUAUUUUUUUAUUCAUUGUUUUUAUAAUUGUAAGGUCAAAUGAACAAUUGCUACUCAGAUAAGUCUGAAUGCAUUUUGUAUCAUUUUUACAUGCAACUAUAUCGUGCAAUUUUAGAGAUUUCCCAUAUUUAUGUAUUGAUCUUUACAAGAUGCAUUUUAUUGAUUCUUUAUUAUUCAUUUAAACAACAGACACAAAGUAAUGUUAUGAUACCACUCUGAUAGCUACUCAUAAAAACCUUAAUAUUAAUUAAUUUUAUUGAGGUUUUACAGAAAAAAUACAUUGUGCAAAGUUGUUUUUUAUUUUUCCCAUAUUUCCGUAUUGAUCUUUAAAAGAUACAUUUUGUUGAUCAUUUAUUAUUCAUUCAAAUCACAGACAAAGUAAUGUCAUGGUACUGAUGCUACACUGAUAUUGUAUUUAAUUUUCUAAUAUUAUUUAAUUUUUAAUUUUACUUUUUGGAACAAAUGCCUGAAAGAAACACAAUUAAUUAAUUAUUGUUGAUUGAAAUACAUUUAUUUUUAUUACAAUUUAAAGGCAUGUUGAUUCUGUAUAAUAAAAAUAAAGCUAUUACUACCACACAGAAA